UGCCCCUCUGGGUUCGGUUUCGUUUCCUCGGCUGCCUCUCUCGGAGCGCGGGUACAGCAGUCGCGUCCCGACCCCUUGGAGCGCCAUGGCGGAGCUGUGCCCUCUGGCCGAGGAGCUGUCGUGCUCCAUCUGCCUGGAGCCCUUCAAGGAGCCGGUCACCACUCCGUGCGGCCACAACUUCUGCGGGUCGUGCCUGAACGAGACGUGGGCAGUCCUGGGCUCGCCGUACUUGUGUCCUCAGUGCCGUGCCGUCUACCACGCGCGACCGCAGCUGCACAAGAACACGGUGCUGUGCAACGUGGUGGAGCAGUUCCUGCAGGCCGACCUGGCCCGGGAGACACCUGCCACCGACGGCUGGACGCCGCCCGCCCGCGCCUCCGCACCCAGCGCAGGCACCGAGGUGGCCUGCGACCACUGCCUGAAGGAGGCCGCCGUGAAGACGUGCCUGGUGUGCAUGGCCUCCUUCUGCCAGAAGCACCUGCAGCCGCACUUCGAGAGCCCCACCUUCCAGGACCACCCGCUGCAGUCGCCCAUUCGCGACCUGCUGCGCCGCAAAUGUCCCCAGCACAACCGGCUGAGGGAAUUUUUCUGCCCUGAGCACAGUGAGUGCAUCUGCCACAUCUGCCUGGUGGAGCAUAAGGCCUGCUCUCCCGCGUCCUUCAGCCAGGCCAGCGCCGACCUGGAGGCCACCCUGAGGCACAAAGUGAGUGUCAUGUACAGUCAGAUCAACGGGGCGUCGAGAGCGCUGGAUGAUGUGAGGGCCAGGCAGCAGGAUAUUCGGAUGACUGCAAACAAAAAGGUGGAGCAGCUACGACACGAAUACAUGGAAAUGAAGGCUCUCCUGGAUGCCUCAGAGACCACCUUGACAUGGAAGAUAAAGGAGGAGGAGAAGAGGGUCAACACCAAGUUGGACAGCAUUUAUCAGAUUCUCCUCAAGAAGAAGAGUGAGAUUCAGACACUGAAGGAGGAGAUUGAACGGGGCCUGACCAAGGGGGAUGAGUUCGAGUUUCUGGAGAAAGCAUCCAAGCUGCGAGGAAUCUCAACAAAGCCAGUCUACGUCCCCAAGGUGGAACUGAACCACGAGCUGAUAAAAGGCAUCCAGCAGAGCACCUUAGACCUCAAAACCGAGUUGAAGCGGUGCAUCAGGCAGCUCCAGGAGCCCACCACCAGCUCAGGUGAGCCUGGAGAGCAUGACUCAGCGUCCACAUACAAAUCUGCACGCCCUGGGAAGAAGACCCCAAGUAAGUAUCACCUUCCUCUGAAACCUCCUCCCUCGAAACCUUCCUCGGGACUGACAGUGGAAUUAGAACGAGACAGCUCGGAGGCUGCAGCCGCUGGAGCCAAAGGUGCCAGCUCACAGCCGAACGCAGCAUCUCUCAAGGCCAAGGUGCUGGAGACCUUCCUGGCCAAGUCCAGACCUGAGCUCCUGGAGUAUUACGUUAAAGUCAUCCUGGACUACAACACUGCCCACAAAAAGGUGGCUCUGUCACAGAACUAUACAGUAGCUUCUGUGGCUGAGAUGCCUCAGAACUACCGGCCGCAUCCCCAGAGGUUCACUUACUGCUCUCAGGUGCUGGGCCUGCACUGCUACAAGAAGGGGAUCCACUACUGGGAGGUGGAGCUGCAGAAGAACAACUUCUGUGGGGUAGGCAUCUGCUAUGGCAGCAUGGACCGGCAGGGCCCCGAGAGCAGGCUCGGCCGCAACAGCGCCUCCUGGUGCGUGGAGUGGUUCAACACCAAGAUCUCUGCCUGGCACAACAACGUGGAGAAAACCCUGCCCUCUACCAAGGCCACACGGGUGGGCGUGCUUCUCAACUGUGACCACGGCUUUGUCAUCUUCUUCGCUGUUGCUGACAAGGUCCACCUGAUGUAUAAGUUCAAGGUGGACUUUACUGAGGCUUUGUACCCGGCUUUCUGGGUGUUCUCCGCUGGUGCCACGCUUUCCAUCUGCUCCCCCAAGUAGGCAGGCCAUGGACACUUGGACUGACUGCCUGCAGAGGUCCCAAGACCCUAGUGAAAAUCCAGCAGGCAGAACUCUCCUUGGAGAAUUCCCCAAGAGGCCCUAAGGAUUGGGAGCAUGGGGCGGGGCAGGUAGGAGGGUGGGAGAUGGCAUUUAGCCAGGGAAAAGGGGUGGAGGUGAUUGUGUUGUGGGCAAGGAGGCAUUUCCACCCCCUGGUGCCUAUCAGGGCAGGGUGACCUGCUUCCCAUUGUUCUGGGAAAUCUCCAGGCUGCUGGGCAGCUGGGCAGAGCUCUGGGGAGUGAAGUCAUGAGUGCCCAAUUCCUCUUAGAAAAAAUCCAUAGCUACUGUACGUUCUGUCUUGGGCCACUUGGAUCUGAAGGCUGCCCCUUUGCUCUCUAGGGUAGCCUUCAGAUCUUGGUGUUUUGAUUACUUACCAUAGAUGUUUUUAAAAUUACAAAGUUAUUGAAUUUGGUUGAAUUACACAACCUCCGUUACCCGCAUGUUGGGGCUCGAUCUCCUGGUUAUUAGCUGUGCUUGAGGAAACACCCACAGCAAUCUCUACCCAGAAUACAGUUUCCUAAAGAAGCAUGCCCUCUUUCUCCACUGGAAAAUAGUGCUGUUCCCUUUCUACCCUGCUCACCCAUCACUCCCCAUUGAUGGUUUUCAAACAGGAAACUUUUCAACUAAAGCUUCAAACCAUGACUGGAAUGAGCCUGUGUUGGAUUUGUGAUUCAAGGUCAGGUGACCCCAGUCCAGUUUGGAUGGAAAUCCUUCCCAAGUGUCAUGAGAAGCAUCUUGGCAGAGAUGCUUUGGUGGCAGCCAUGAGCUUUGCUGGAGGCCUUGCUUCCCAUAGCCUUGGCUGCAGGGCAAGGAACUCUGCCAGGCAAGGGGGACACUGCCCUGGGUCAACAGAAGCCUGGUGGGUUUGCUCAUGUUAGAGUGUCCUGCUUUCUUACUGACAACUCUUGGCGAUAGCUCCUCUCCCCUGGAUUGUGAGAUACGGAAUGACAGUGCAGGUUAUCACUGAAGCUGGCACAGCCAGCCAGCUAAGCUGGAUCUCUGAAGCCUGCUAUCAUGGAGAUAGACUGCCUCAGGGACCACACUAGACCACUUACUGGGGUGGCAACCUAGCACCAAAAGGGUCUUUUAGCAAACCUCCUGGGGAACAGGAACAUUGCUGUUUAUCCCUGGCCACAGGCUGCAGACCCAGCACUGGCCCUCGCAUGAGUCAGAGCCUGGGGCUGGCCCUGCCCCCUUCUGCUGCCUUCCUCCUUUGAGCCAGUUCUAUAAACUCACAUUGAUCAGGGAGGGAAUGAGUUAAAGAGGGUUACACAAGUGGCUAUUUUCCCUGCAGUGUUUCUGUGCAGUGAAAAUAACCCAGUCCACUAAGGGGCAGGAGUGAGUGGAUUGCUGGAUUUUCCCCAAGCUCCUUAUAGCCGGAUGUUGUCAGGAUGUUAAGUGUGAGGAACUUAACCUCUUAUAAUGAAAUGAGUUCAGCUCUGGGCUUUGCUUAGAGGAGAGCUCCCGUCAGGCUUCUUAUAAUAUGAAAAGAGGUUACCAGGGGAAGUAGAGACCCCAGACCUUUUCAUAUGGAUAUUUGAGAAUGUAGUGCAUCUCAGGCCUCAUGCUGGAAUUCUACGGCACUCUAGGCAGGGCAGAGCACUUGAUAUUCCGGACAGGUACACACCUGACAUGCAGGUACAUACCUGAUCGGUGUCAUCUCCCAACAAGGAUUUUCACUUCAUUGGGAGAGCAGUAGUCUUUGUAGGGAAGACAUCCCUGCAAUAGGUAUUAUGUGGUCCUUAGAAGUUUUCUUCCUUACUACUUGGAUGAAAAGUUCUUUGGUGAUUCUUCUCUGCUUUUGAAGAUGAUCAAAAGCAUUUUCAUUGAUUCUCUGAAACGAAAGCCUUGUCUGAAACCAAUUAAUACUUGGGAAACAGCUAGGCUUAGAGGUGUAGAAUGCCAGAGAUUAAUCCAUGGCUCCUGCUCUGGCUCUCUUCUGCAGAAAUGGGGACAGUAGGGAGGCUCCUUCCCUGGCAAAUGUGCAGCUCAGGGUAGGGAAGCAUGAGUCCCUCUGUUUAUAAGAGGGUCAAGUAGGUAACCAAAGCCGAGCUCUGUGCAAGGUGCUUUGGAGUUGUAAAUUGAGGAGUGCAUCCUUGCUGUCUUUAACCAUUCUGUUUGUAAUGGUAAGACCUUACAUAAGCUAGCCUUGCAGGGCCACCACACAACCCUGGAGUCCUAGAGUUGGAAGAACCUUUGUGUCCAUCUGAUUUCUCAUUUUGUAGAAUAUGAUGAGAAAGUAGAGGGUCACUCUGUUCACCACUCUUUCUGUUCCAUUAGGGAGGAGAAGCCUGGUAGCAUGUGUGAGGGGAACACUCUUCUGGUAUGCUGGGAAGUAUCAGAAAUUCCCAGAAACACAAACACAAAAUACUAUCCUAGACCCAGCUACUGGGGACUGUCCCAGUCAGUGUGGUAUGAUAAACAAAAGGUUAGGAUCAAGUCUGUAUUUUUCAAGAUGCGAUGGCUGAUUAUUCCUGUUUUAAAUACUCUGAAAUCGAUCUGCGAUCAAUAAUACUAAUAUGUUAUCUUUGACCAUUUUCUGCCUCUCACUAUUGAUUUUAAUUAAUUAGGAGUAUUUGAACUGUUAUUUCUUGAGAUUAAUUUUUUUAGAGUUAACUCUUUAAGGAGAUAAUCAUGGCUGUAGACAAGAUCAGGGCUGGCUGACGUGCCUUAGAAGCUUUGAACGCUAUAAAGCAGUGUUUGGCGUUCUCUCCCGCAUUGCAGUGUGGGUAGAAAGUGCGGUUUGUUCGUCAUGCUGUUGUCAACAAAUGAGCUGUCCACUACAGAUGGCUACUGCCCAGGAACCUGUCCAGGCCCCACCCAGGGGCUCCCAAGGGUUGAGAUUUCAGCAGACCUGUAGCCAGCAUACUUAGUCUUACCCUGGGUAGAGCUCCUCUUCAGGAAGCUUUUGAUAAGGAAUUCUCAGACUGAUAGGAUGUCCGUCUGGAUUUUGCUGCGGGAUAAUCUAACCGUGGGGGUUAAGGGAAAGGGGGUGGGUAUCAAUGAAAGAGUAAUCCACAAAUGGAUAAUCAGUUACUAGAGACGGAGGUGGGAGGGUUCAUUAUAUUAUUCAUUCCACUGUGGUAUAUGUUUGAAAAUGUCUAUAAUAAAAAGCUUCAAAAAAAGAAACAAAAAUAGUUCAGGCCAGCAA